AAAUAUGUCGGGUUGUGUAAUACCUGCAAUUUUUGUCUUGUGAAAAUGUUUCCUCCGAGAGCCGGUCGGCAGAGUUAGUGUUAAAAAAGUGGAGAGAAAUUGUGCCGUAUAAGAGAGCAAGCGACAUUGAACUCCAUAUGAGUUAGAGUGAAAAUAUGACCUAUAUUUAGUGUUCUAAUGAAGGCCUUUGAUCUAUGGUAGUUCAAAUUGGAGAACAUGUUUGAUGCGAGGGCAGAAAUGAUUUAUUAAUCUGUACAUGCUAACGUUGGUGAGCAUUAUCGUUGGUAGUGCUGUUGAUUAGCGAUGAUGGCAGAAAUGAAAGAGGCCUGUCUGGAAAACGUCCAUCCAGAUGCAUCGGAGAUAACGGAUACCAAAGAUGCCAGUGACGAGGCAGAUACUAACGAGCGAUUUCUAAGGAACGUGUUCAUUCCGGCCGGCGCUAGUGGCAGUUUAGGAUUACAUCUCAGUCGCACACCGUGGGAUCCAUACCCCUGGGUUAGUGGUGUUUUGCCCAGUUCCUGCGCGGAACAGGCAGGUAUACGCGUCGGGGAUUGCGUUUUGGAGGCUAAUGGAGAAGACCUCUUGGGUCUGAAAAUCGUUGAUAUUGCGAAACGCGUUCGCAAUGGAAGACAUGCCCGAAGCUCUAAGCCAGGUGUCAACUUGCUGCUUUGGAAUUCUGGAUUCGAAAAGAAUAACCUCAACCCACAGUCACUGUCGCGCUUCGCCAGCUGCUUACAGGGAAUCGCGGGUUUGCUGGAGUGCCCUGUUUGCUUGGAAGUUAUCCAUCCUCCCUCGUGGCAAUGCUGUCAUGGACAUCUGAUAUGUUCCGGAUGUCGGGCCAAAAGUUCAAAAUGUCCCAUCUGCCGUGUUAUGCUGGGACGAGGUCGAUGCAUUGUAGCGGAUAAGCUGUUCGCAUUCCUGGUGCAAACUCUCGGACAUCACGAAGGUGAAACGCGUCCCGUCGCUCAGAAAUCAUCUAAUUUACAAUCAGUUAACGCUCGUUUGCCGCUAUUCGCACGUGACCGCGCUCCGUGCAAACAAUCCCCGAAAUUAAAAGCAAAUCCCCCGGGUGCACUCGCAAUGACAACGCAGCAAAUCGCUAAGGUGACAUCAACGUCAGCGGCCUCAUCAGUUCCGUUCCAAUAUUGCUGCCCUUCUGGUCAACCGUGCGGUAAAAUGAAAAAUCAACAUGACAUAUUAAUUCAUUUGCAGAAAUCACAUCAAACGAGUGUCGUUCAGUACUACGCGACCGCCGGCGAUACGCUUAGCAUCAAAUUCAACGAGUCCUGCGUCACAUGUGUUGUCCUGAUACCGAGCGUGCGGGAUGAAAACAACAACAAUUGCGACACCGAUGACCGGGGGCCUCUUUCUAACGAUAAUUGCACAAAAAGCACCAUUAAAACGGUCACCGGAGUUUCGAAUGCGGCGGAGUUAGAGGUGAAGACGUAUUCUUCAUUGCUAAAUUUCGAUGCAUGGAGGCCAGCAGUCAGGCGCUGUAUUGGCUGUGGUAUCUGGGCGGAGAGGACAGACUAAGUAGAUUCACUGUGAAAAUAUCGGCUGAACAAGGGGGACCAGUCAGGUGGUGCGGAAGGCCAGUAUCAUUACAGCAGAACUGCAAGGAGGUUCUCAAAACGAAGCACUUUGUGCGAAUGGAUUACGGAGCGAAAGAGCUGAAGGUGACAGUUGAUGUGAAGCGUUAGUAAUAUAGAGCAAAAUUUGU